UUAUUUGUCUAGACAAACAAUUUGACGUUAAGUUAUCCAACCCACGUUAGAUACUUCCAUCACUUUUUAGAUCCACAACUUGAGAUCCUUUUUCUUUUACCAAUUCGUCGAACUUGUAGCCUUCCUGCUCGACCAAAUUUUCCCCAAUACGGACAAUAAUUGUCAACUCAACCUCCUUUUUCCCGCAUUUUGACAGCCCGUUGUCAAUCCGUUGUCAAAGUCGCCUGUCCUUCAAAAUGCCGCAACACCCCAUCAAACCCAGACCGCUCCAUGACCUGCAGCACUAAACCCAGCACCAAAGGCCGACUUCUCCACAGACCCAGUUUGUCCCCCUUCGCGGCUCCCAAGAGCAAAAAGCGCCAUGGGUUCCCGGACGAACAUGCCAACAGCUGAGGAGACCGCCGCGCAGGCAGACACGCUCCCGGACCCCUCGGAGACCCAGAGCACCAAUCUGGAGCUCCAAGCCAACUGCCCCGUGUGUCGCGUCGGCACCGUCAAGAGGAAGUACACCAAGUGCGGCCUCCUCUGGCUCGUCUGCUUCCCCUGCGGCCUCCUCUGCUGCUACCUCCUCUCCUCGAAGCAGUGCAACAAGUGCGGCUACAACGAGGGGCUUUAGCGUAGAUAUUUUUGUAGGUUGUAUCAAAUAAAUUCUGCUCAGUGUGGAAAGCGAGUUUCUGCUUUUCAAGCGGACGCUAAUCGGGUGCGUAGUGCGGCUGAUCCUGACCCACUUGCGGGCGCUUGAACUCGCCGGUUUCACCAUUUUCGUUCGGUGCUCGGAGUAACGGAGCCGAUUAUGACAGUUUCGAGUGGAGUGCUGCUCCAGGUCGGGAAAAGCGGCGAAGAUGCUCAGGGAAAUCGACGCGUAUCAAUGAAGAGAAACUCGGGACAAAGGGAAACAGAAAGUGGAUGCGCGCUGUUCAUUGAUUUAUUCAAGUGGCAUCA